AUGUCCUCCGAUUUAUCAAAGAAAUCAACAAUGAGACUAUCAUUCAAAAAAGUUUGCUUAAAUAGUCCAACAUCACAGUCAAAUAAACUGUGUGAAGAAUCAAUUAUGGAGUUUCAAAAAUAUUCUACAACGAAUAGUGAUAAUACUGAGAAGAAACGAUUAAACUUACGUUUAAGACGCGGAUAUACAACUCUACUUAGCCUUAUGGGAUCAGAACUAAGCGAUAUAUCAAAAUCUGAUAAAAGUGAAACAGCCGAAGAUAGUUAUAAAGACUUUACAACUAUUUCGUUACCUUAUGAUCAAGCAAAUGAAUCUACAAAUGCAUUAAUUAAUGAAUACAUCCCAAAUGUUUUACCACUAACGACAGAAAAUCUUUCAAAGUAUAUAGUGAAACAGGAGAUUAUUUAUUGGAAUCAUGUAUUAUCUCAACAAAUUUCUAUGGAAUUAAUGAAUAAAUUAAAUGAUGAUAAAAAUGUGGGAUAA